CCAGCUUUUAAAGAUAGAUUAACUUUUCAAUCUGAAGUUUAAACUUUUAAGUUUAAAUUUUUAAGAUUAAUUUGAUCUUGUAGAUUUUUAUCCUGUUUUGUUUAUUUGAAAGACUAGGUAAGAAAAGGGAUUUGUUUUUGUCAUUUAAGCACAAUCUUGUGAUAAUGAAAAGUAUGAUUCUCUUCUGUGUCUUGAGAUCCCUGAUCCAAAGGCCAUUUUGCUGUUUUUUUCCUGACUUUUGCUUUCUGGUAUCAGAGAUGUUUUAAAAAACUUUAUACUUAGUGUUUUAAAUUAUUACUUAUAAAUUUAUUAUUUCCAAUUAAUUUCCCUUACUCUCCUAGUUAGUUCCCCUUCCUCUCCUACUUUUUAUUUUCAGUUUUUAGUGUUUUAGAGUAGAUUUUGAUAUUUAAGAAAAUAAUUCUUAUUAUUCUUUUGGGAAAAAAUUUUGCUGAAUUGAUGACAAAUAAAAAAGAUGUAUCCCUAUUUUCACCUAUUCAUGUGCAUAUGCCCCUUUGUUUUGGGGCAUUAGUCAAUUUUCCUUUUUUGUAUGAAGAUGUUUUAUAAAACAGAAUUAUCUCAAGGUGCUUGGUUCCUUAUAUGAUGACCAAUUUUAACAUUAGUAUAUCCAGCUUUGGGGGAGGAGCUCUCAUUUCUCUGUUUGUUGUUUUUUUUUUUUUUAAUGAAAAGUACAUUAAAAAUUGUUUCCUCUACCACACGUUUUUAAAAAAAUUAUAACUUGAUGUUUUUAUUAAAUAAUUUUUUUUUACUCUAAGAUCUCACUGUGUCAAUGAUUAAUACUAAAUAAUAAUUAAGCCCAGGGUUGUCCGCCAUUUUUUCCAGUAUUGAGAAGGGAAAUAUUGGCAAUGUUCUAAAGCUGAAACCAAGGAGUAUUGACAUGCAUAGGAUGGAGCUGAUCAUGGAGAGACUAUGGAUUCGACAGGAAAAACAAGGAAGUUGCAGAGAUAAGGCUUAAAUAUUGGUUGGUUAUCAUUAAUUUAUAUAACAGGAAGGAAUCUAAGAUAAUUUUAGUUCCUGGAAUAAGAAAAUUCUUUGGCUUCACUAAUGGUUGCUUUACAGAUUUGUAUGGCCUGCACAGUAAAGCCCAGUGGAAGAACCACCUAGGGAGGAGUUCCAUGUUUCUUGUCAUUUGGGAAUCUGUAUUGAUUACAAGAUUCUAGGCACUUAUUUCAAAGAAAUAGGACUCAUCUUUUAUACACAAGAUGCUGUGAGUUGGAGGCACUGAGUGAGCUGAACGUUAAACCCAGACUGGGCCCUCAAAUUGUUGAUAAUGCAGUUUAUGACAUCCAUGCCAAGGACUAAGAUGGCAAUGGCUACCAGUCACUAAUGUUACUGGACACUCACUUUGUGCAGGUCCAGAUCAAGAGCACCAUUAGCCUCGACAAGGUCUUCCUUAUGGUGGAAAGCCAGGUUGUGAGGAAGGGUAGCCAUUCCAGUGUCCCCAUUGCUGUCAGCUCGGAGUUCCUGUCUCCUGAGUUCUCUUGCUGCCGCCUCUGGUUAUUUUGUUCCUCAUCUCACUUUCUAAAGACUGGUCUUUCCCAGAGCUCUGUGUUUGUCUGGUCCUGUGCUCCCUCACCUUUGUGGCUGUUGACCAAAUCUGUAUCCUCAGAACAGACUAAUAUUCUAGUUUAAAAUUGUUCAGUGAGUUCUUUUUGCCAGCGGCUCUCAGGAGCCCAUCAUGGCGCCGCCCGCCGUUGGGGCGGUGGAGGCAACCGCGGAGAAAGCGCUGCGCCACGAGGCUUUCAUCUCUGAUGUGCUGCAGCGGGACUUGCAAAAGGUCGUGGACCAUCGCGACAAGGUAUAUGAGCAGCUGGCCAAAUACCUUCAACUGAGAAAUGUCAUUGAGCGACUCCAGGAAGCUAAUCACUCGGAGUUAUAUAUGCAGGUGGAUUUGGGCUGUAACUUCGUUGACACAGUGGUCCCAAACACUUCACGAAUCUAUGUGGCCCUUGGAUACGGUUUUUUCCUGGAGUUGACAUUGGCAGAAGCUCUCAAGUUCAUUGAUCAUAAGAGCAGUCUCGCAGAGCUCAGCGACAACCUCACAAAGGACUGCAUGAAUAUCAAGGCCCAUAUCCACAUGUUGCUAGAGGGGCUUAGAGAGCUACAAGGUCUGCAGAAUUUCCCAGAGACUCAGCACUGACUUCUUCCAACCUCCCCUGACAUUAAAGAGCCUGAAUGUCAAAAAAAUAAAUAAAUAAAAUUGUUCAGUGUAAUAAGGUUUAAACAUACACCCUAAUUCCAAAUUCUGUUCAAUACGAGGUGACUAUAGAGUAUCUGGCAAAUGUGUAUGUUGGAGCUUAACAUCUCCCUCGAAGAAAUACUUCUUAGCUUUAAACAAAGUGAGUCUUACUGAACAAGAUUUGUUUACUACUUCUUACACUGGGGGGCAAGCAAUCUAGGAAAUAAAACUUUUCCUUUGUUCUCAUGGUUUUAUAAAAUAAAUAUAUAAUCUUAAUUUUACUUGCUUUUCUAAAUGCACUUAGAAUACAAACCCUCCUUUUCUACUUAUCAUUUGGAGAGGAGAAAAAUGAACAAUUCAGUCAUUUCAGUGUUUAACAGCAAGAUAAUGGAAGGGGUUAGACUUGUGAGUUUUAGACUCCUUGAAACACUGUAAAAACCACAGACAGAGACUUCUUUGGUCCAGCGGUUAAGACUCUAUACUUCCAAUGCAGGGUGGGAGGGUUAAAUCCCUGGUUGGGGCACUAAGAUCCCACAUGCCUCAGGAUAUGGCCAAAAAGUUAAAAAACAAAAACAAAAAAUACCCACAGAUGUAUUUUGAGAUUAUAAAAAUAGAGGCUACUUUUGUAUUAGUUCAGCUUCUGGUUGUGUCAAUAGUACUGUGACUUUGGGCAAGUUAUUUAAUCUUUCUGAGGUUAGUUUUAUCUGUAAAACAGAAGUAAUUCCUUUCUCAUGGGGUGGUUCUGAAAAUCAAAUGAGGCUUUGGCUUAGGAACUGACAGCCAAAGAAAUGAAACUUGACAUUAUCUCUAAUCACUAAAGUUCUGGGUGUAAAACAGGCCUAAAUAUGAAAGGCAAAACUAUAAUUCUUCUUUAAAAUAUUUAUUUGGUUCCACAGGUUCUUAGUGGCAGCACCCUGGGAUCUUUAGUAGUGGCAUGCAGGAUCUAGUUCCCUGACCAGGGAUUGAACCCAGACCCUCUGCAUU